AAGAGCGAGUCGGAGUCGGACGACGACGAGGAGAGCGAGUCUGAAAGCAGCCAGUCGGAGUCCGAAGACUCCGAGUCGGAGGUGGAGGUGAAAAAGAAGAAGAAGCCAGUUGAAUCUAAACCUCCUUCGAAACCUGUGAAGAAAGAGAACAAGAAGGAGAAGAAGGAGAUGUCUCUGCUCGACCUGGACGACUUCGAACCGGCUCCCUCCCCUCAAGUCACGCCCGUCAACAGCUUCCUGUCCAACAGCCUGGUGACGGACCUGGAGGGCCUGUCCCUGUCCGACUCCGUCCUUUCCCCGGCGACCAUCGCCCCGUCCAGCGCGCUGAAGAACUACGAGCUGCUGCACCGGAUCACGGGGGAGGGGCUGUCGGUGGAGUACUGCUUCAGCCGCCAGCCCUUCAGCCCCGACGCCAACAUGGUGGCCGUGCAGAUGCAGUUCACCAACAGCGCCACCGCCGACACCAAGAACCUGCACAUCGAGGACGCCAAGCUGCAGUCGGGGAUGAGAGUCAAGGAGUUCCCCGAGAUCGAGCUGCUGCCUGCAGGGGAGACCGCCACGGCCGUCAUGGGCAUCGACUUCUGCGACUCGACGCAAGCAGCAAACUUCCAGCUGUGCACCCACACCAGGAAGUUCUUCGUGUCGAUCCAGCCUCCGGUGGGCGAGCUGAUGCACUCCGUCUUCCUCACAGAGAACGAGUUUAAGAAGGAGCAAGGUCAGCUGAUGGGGAUGAACGAGAUCACGGAGAAGCUCACGCUCGAUGCAAAGUGCCGGAACGAACACGCCAUCGUUCAGAGAGUGACGGCCGCCGCCAACCUCAGCAGGGUGCCGUGCGGCUCUGACCGGGAGUGCAGGUUCGCCGGCAGGACGGUGACCAGCAGCAGCUUGGUGCUGGUCACCGUGGUGACGGGGGAGGACGGAUCGGCCCAGCUGACGGUCAACUGCGAGAAGAUGGUGAUCGGCACCAUGCUGGUGAAGGACAUCCUGCUGGCUCUGACGCAGUGACCCCGCCUCCGACCCCGCCCCUCCCCCCUCGCCUCGUCCGUGUAGCGUCGCCCGCGUUC